CGGUUUAGACACUGCAGCUCUAGCUUCCGCCCUCCCUGCCCAAUGCGCCCGAUGCUCCGCACACCCUCUGCAGCCCGCGCAUGCGAGCCGCGCCCGUCGCUCCUUGCUGUCGCCUACACUUGCUGGCGCCAGACCGCCUGACUGGGGACCUCCUACGCGCUCUCCCGUCCACAUCCAGCAAGCAGUCGCCGGGGGCAGAGCGCGAGGAGACCGCACGCGACCGCACAUCUCCGUCCGCGCAGAGCAGUGCCAGUGACACCCAACCCGGCGCGGCAGAUGUGCUCCGCAUCUCUCGCGCUGCAGCGAGGAUCGCCGGCCUCCUCCACGAUCUGAAGCGUGAGCUGGCGGCUUUGGACGCCACAGCACCCGUCGAGACACGCGGCUCGCUCGGAGUCAUCAUCAAGACGCCUGGAGACAACACUAACAGCAUCAGACUCAACGAUGUCGCGCAAAGGGAGCGUGUUGAGUUCUGCUACAAGCGGCCCGGAUUCGGGACACACGGGAGGCACCCGUGAACGGGGGCAGGUGCAGACCCUCCAACGCAGUCACUAUUGAGGGCGACGGGACAGGCACCGCGGCAGGUGCGACCACGGUGCCCCUCUUCAAGCACACACGCCGCGCCUCAGAUGCCGAGCUUGAGAAAGAGCUGGUCUCCAGGAAGAGGCAGAGGCUCAACAGCGGCGAGAGCAAUGCGAAUAGGCCGCAAGACGCAACUGACGACGACGAGGACAUUACUAAGGAGCAUUGCAUUGCUUGGACAAAGCUAUUCAUCUCUACGCAUAUCCAAGAAGAACACCAAACAGGUUAUUUACCAUCCACGCCACCGGACCCAGACAUCCACAACGGUAUGACU